AUGGCGGCGGAUAAUACAAGCCUUGAGAGGUCGAACAUAUCAGGCCUCGUCCUGCACGUCGACGAGUUCGGCGAGCAAGCCCCCGAGUCUCUCACCUACCACAAGUCUGACUCCCGCACCGUCGUUGUCGGUCGCAAGUCGAGUCAAGGCAUGUCUGACCAGCCAGACCCAGAACGUGCUCUCUUCCGCUGCCCCGUAGUAAGUCGUAAGCAUGCGAAGAUAACUUUCACGGAGCAUGGAAAUGUAUACAUCACUGAUCUGCACUCCCACCACGGGACGCACAUCCUGCGACCGGGAGAACUCGUGUCGACGUCCCUCAAGCCUGAGGUACCGACCGUAUUGGCCGAUGGCGACCAGAUCACGUUCGGGAAGAGCGUCGGCCGCGAUUACUUCCUCGUCCGCCCGGUGGUCGCUCGCGUAGAGAUGAUUUUCGGCGGGGACGCUCCUCAGCGGGCAUCCUCACCCUCGCCGAGGUCGUUCGAAGCACUAUACUCCAUCCCCGGUCCCGACGCCGAUGACUCACAGUCGCAGCCACAUGAACGUGACAUCGACAAGACGCCCGCACGAGCAAGCACAGGCCGCUACGGCGUGUUCCUGCCUUCUCCAGAGUCCUCAUCCUCGAGCUCGGACGGUGAUUCUGACAUCCAAGAGAUAUCACCGCCGUCGUCUCCCCAGCACGACUCUGCACCGUCAUUCCCUCGUCGCUUGCCUUUUGGCUCUGCCAUGUCAAUUCCGCUCGGUGCACGCCUCCGCCUGUUGCAGCAAAUCCUGCCCCCGAUCCACAUCGCGGACUCUCCAGAGCCAGAGUACUACCCACCGCCUAUCGAGCCGUUCUCUCUUCAGGAGAUUCACGUAGAAGCCGGGGUAGUCGAGGGCGAAGAAGAUAUGGACUUGUCCUCAAGCCGCGCGUCCUCGCCUCUACACGACGACCCACUCCGAGAGGAGCCCUCUGUUGUCGGCGCCUGGCCACAUACUCCCGCGAGGGAAACCCAAUCCCCCGAGUCGCGCGGAUUGAGCGUGUACCAAGCUGAGCUUCAGGCUCUGCUCGAGCGUGAAGUGAUUGAGAUCAGUGACGAUGAUUAUGGUACGCCCUCCCAUGUCGUCGAAGUGAGCCAUCCCGUCGGGGAAAGUGAGAAAGAUCGCCCAGCCGGGCAGGGCCUGGAGGUUGAGAUGGCGGACGCGAUACUUGGCGACGUAGAGUCGGUCCAGAGUCCCGUGGGCGCUCUCCCCGUGAACGAGGGUCAAGACAUCAUGGACCUUGGGAACGCGUCUAUGAAUGUGAGCGACGACAUCCCCGACCAAUCAUCGUUCGCGCCGGUCCACGCUGCGUUCCAGCGUGCGGAUGCAAGCGUCGUCGAGGUCCAGAUUAGCGAGUUCAAGGAUACCCCAGCGAUCCCCAAUGACGAGUCCGUUUUCACCGCACACGUCGAGCAGACGAAAGCCCGCCUCGACGCGCUCGAAACGCGGGUGCAAGAUACACAGACAGACCUCGACUCGCGUACCGAUGAGCUAUCCUCAAUCCACACGCGCCUGCAGGUCCUUAAAGACUUUGUGUCCGGGCUGCAAGGGCGCACAGACAUUGAAGAGCGACUCGAGGAGCUCACACGGGAGGUGGGAGCCGCGAAGGUCCUGUUGCAAGAGUCGUGUACCUCUCAGCACCAAACGCGCGAACAGAUCGCCAGCGAACUGGAGGCCAUCAAGGCCCUUCGUGCUGAAGUUACUGCGUCUGUAGCCGAAGCCAGACUGGCCAUUGCUACCGUGCAGGCCGCCGCCAUCGAGAGCUCGACGUCCCUGAAGAGGAAGCGGGAGGAGGCGGUGAACGACGAGUCUGUCCCGGCUAAUCUUGCAGACGUGCGAGACCUGCAGUCCCCUCCUGCGCCGAAGCGAAGGAGAGCCAUCCGCGUAGCUUCGACAAUCGCGCAGACGGCCACUGUCGCGUCCUUGGGGGCUGCCGCCGCAUGGGUCGCGCUUGCGUUCUCGUAG